CAGCGCUCUCUAAGCUGCACUGUGCAGGCUUGAUAAGGCAAGUUAGUUGGCUGCAACUUCUAACCUAUGGACGCACGCAAGAACAUGACUCCAGCGAGGUUUCACUGAGUGCUUGCAGUUCACAAGAGGAGAGCUGACUGUUUGGGAUCUGGAGAGGUUGGACUGUACUGGAGAUAUUUAUCAGCAGGUACCAAGUAAAAAUGGCCCGUGGCCUCUUCAACUUGGUGUUUUUGCUAAGUAUAACCGGCUGCCUUUGUCAAAGGGAUUGCACCGGCGUGAAUUGCCCUGAAUUGCGCAAUUGCAUCGAAGAGGUUUUGGACACCGGAGAGUGUUGUGCUACCUGCAUGCAGACGGGCUGCAUGUGUGAGGGUUACCAGUAUUAUGACUGCGUCAGUGCUGGCUUCAGAACCGGCAAGGUUCCAGAAGGUGAGUCGUACUUUGUGGACUUUGGAAGUACUGAAUGCUCCUGUCCUCAAGGAGGUGGACGGAUCAGCUGCCAUUUUAUACCAUGCCCUGAGCUUCCGACUAACUGUAUAGCAUUGUCGGAACCGUCUGAUGGGUGCAUUCAGUGCGAGCGAGUUGGAUGCGUUCACGAGGAGCAGAAGUACGAAGCCGGACACUCAUUCCAAAUUGACCCUUGCCAAGUAUGCCACUGUCCAAAUGAAGGCGGAGACUUAAUGUGUUAUCCGGUUCCAAACUGCGACCCAAAUCGUGCUUCAAAACCCAUGCUAACCACAACAGCUGAGGACAGCACACCAGAGAGACGGUACCGAGACCCGAUACAACACAUUUUUAACCCUCAAGGCUCCAGAGGUCCCUUUAACAAACACUUUUCCUUACACAGCGACAGUAAUCGUACUUUUAAGCUAAGUAUGAGAAACGUAGAUGAGAAGGAAGAGAAUGAAGAAGACUAUGAUUAUUCACCCACUGAUUCAUUAGCUCCAUCUCUGCAUGAUUUUGCUGCUCCCACAGAGUCAUCCAUCAUCUCUGUAUCUCGUUCAGAUAAUUUUACCCCCCACCAGGGUGUGCACAGGGGAGCCAAGCAAGAACUGAGAGAGAUGUUUGGUAUUCGUAAGUCCACAACAGACAGGCCGCAGUUUCCUUUCCAUAAGGACAUUACUGACAGGAUGAGAGUCGGCAUUCAUAACGACAAACCAAAAAACGAGCUAUUCAGCCCUCUGAAAUAUAAAACAGACCAGGAACGAUUCAUCCUUCCUGUGGAAACUACAAACAGAGUUGGAUUCGACACUCAUAAAGAUACCUCAGAGAUCCAGAGCUUUAGUCUUUAUAAAGACGACUCCAAUCAAGAGGUCCUAACAGAUGAUGAACAGCUUGAAUUUCCUUCUGAAACUACUGAUGGGGAUACAUAUACCUCACAGGAACACACCACAUAUAGUGAAAUGGUUACUGACUCUCCGAUGGCUGUUGAGCAAACUACAUCUCUGUUUCGGGAAACCACAACUUCAUCGCAGACUGUUUUGGAUGGUGUAUCCGAGAGUCAAAUUCAUUCACUUCACAUUAACCCCAAUACUUUGGAAACAGAUGGCUCCAAACAAGAAGAAACUAUAUCAAGAGAGUCUAGUAAGGAAAAAACAGCUGUUUUGAAUGAAACUACAACUAGCAUUGAUGGCAUUCAGUAUGAACAUAUCCUAAGCAGUCCAAGUCCUGUUCAGCAAAGUGUGACCAUCCCUACCAAAACUUUGACAGAACAUGGAAAAUCAGAAGCAGAACUUGAAGAGGAACACAAAAGGCUCUCAGUGGACCACAGAGAACCUUCUGUACACCACAAACAACAUCUUGUUGAACACGUAAAACCCCUUGGGCACCAAAAACCCGAAGCAGAACAUGUGCAGACCCUAGGAGAACACAACACAGAGUUUGAGGGAAAACAUCAGUGGCAGUUGUUCUCUCCAGUUGAGUUCAGUCCAACCAGCCCAACUUCAAACAAACAGUCCCACAGUCUGUUUAACUUCAGAGAGGAGGAGGAAGAGGCAGAGAACACCCUCAGAACACAUUCUAGGUUGGAGAAGGGAUUGGUGGAGAGCUGUUGUGUGGCCGGGCAGAAAUGGGCAGAGGAGAACCAGCCCUGUAACCAUAUGCCUGUCAAAACAGAAGACCUCAACUCUGUGUGUGGGUAAGUUGUCCAGAAGCAGUGCUGUUCAGGUGCUCUGAGAGGCAUCAGGUGUCAGGCUGGCAUGAAUGCAGCAAGGGCCGGACAUGCCUGUGAGGGAAACAGCCCACUCUGUGGGGAAGAUUCCCAAAUGGAUUGCUGUAACUGCUGUGCGCUGGGUCUGCGUUUGCGAAGGGAAGGUAAAGGUUGCGAAGUGCAUCAGCACCUGAUACCCUGUGGACACGUCUUCCUCACCUGCUGCGAGGAGGGAGAGGAAGGUCUUGCUCCACCUACGAUCAAGAAAAAACAGAGGCCUCAACCGACCGUUCUUCCUAAGAGAGUAUCGGAAAGUCAGUUUCCGAAGCAAGCGUUGUCGGUUGGGGAUUUGGAUCCAGCAGCUAAUUCACUGGAGGAUUUGGAGCAUGAUGACAGGUGCCAGAGAUUCGCACCACUCUGCCAUCACACCUGCAUCAACACUCGUGACUCCUACCUGUGCGCCUGCCACCCUGGAUACACACUCCUGCAGGACGGCCGCACCUGUGAGCCAGAGAACAAGGAGGAAGACAACAGAGUUAGUGAGGAAGACAGGCUGAUAACUGUACCUCCAGCAAGACAAGAAACUACUACUCAAACCCUGGUCUUACGUAACCCAUGUGCUGGUAAUGGGCCUUGCUCUCAGCAGUGUUCUGUGGUUAGAGGAUUGGCCCAAUGUUCCUGUUUCCCAGGAUUCUCUCUGAUGGCUGAUGGACACACUUGUGAAGAUGUGAAUGAAUGCACGAGCGGCAGACACAAUUGCUCUCGGGACGAGGUGUGUGUAAACCGGGAGGGCUCCUACCAGUGUGUGCAGCUUAAUGAGAUGUGCGAUGAGGGCUUUAUUCUCAACCAGAAUAGAGAUUUUGUGGAUGUGAACGAGUGUGUGACGAACACGCACACCUGCCAGGCCAACGAGCGCUGCGUGAACACGGUAGGAGGGUUUGUGUGCGAGAGGCAGAUCUUAUGUUCGAGCGGUUACCAGCUGAGUAAUGGAGUAUGUGAAGACAUCGAUGAGUGUGUUAUGCGAACCCAUAACUGCGGGAUGGGCUUCCAGUGCCAGAAUACUGAUGGCUCGUUCACAUGUAACCUGAAGCAGCGCUGCCUCACAGGCUUCACUCAGGACUCACAUGGCAACUGCAUUGAUAUCGAUGAAUGCAGCAGUGUGAGUGAACCAUGUUCCACCGGCUUUAACUGCAUAAAUACUGUGGGCUCUUACACCUGUCAGCGCAAGAUUAUCAUGUGCAGUCGUGGUUACCAUUCCAGCCCUGAUGGAGCAAGAUGUAUUGAUGUCGAUGAAUGUCAGAUGGGCACCCACCGCUGUGGAGAGGGCCAAAUCUGUCACAACCUGCCCGGCAGCUACCGCUGUGACUGCCAAACCGGCUACCAGUACGACGCCAUUCGCCAGCUCUGUGUUGAUGUAAAUGAGUGUUGGCGGUACCCGGGCCGCCUGUGUGCCCAGACCUGUGAUAACACGCCGGGCUCCUACCAGUGCUCCUGCACCACUGGCUUCUCCCUGGCCUUUGAUGGCAAGAACUGUGAAGAUGUUAAUGAAUGUGACAACAAUCCCUGCGGUCAGGAGUGUGCAAACAUUUAUGGCUCUUACCAGUGUUAUUGCCGAAUGGGCUACUACCUGAAAGAAGACGGGCAUACGUGUGAAGAUAUCGACGAGUGCUCACAGAGCAUUGGAAACCUCUGUGCAUUCCAGUGUGUGAAUGUCCCAGGUAGCUACAAAUGUGCCUGUCCUCCACAUGGUUACUCUAUGUCACCUAAUGGACGCACCUGUCAAGAUAUUGAUGAAUGUGCCAUUGGAUCGCACAACUGCUCUGCUUCCCAGACCUGCUUCAACAUCCAAGGAGGCUUCCGUUGCUUGUCAUUUGCAUGUCCAGACAACUACAGGAGAGUGUCGGACACACGCUGCGAGCGAGUAAGUUGCCCCAACUUUCAACAAUGCCAGACCAUGCCAUUACGGAUCACGUACUACCAACUGAGCUUCCAGACCAACAUCGUCAUCCCAGCUCAGAUCUUCCGCAUCGGACCCUCGCCCGCCUACUCAGGUGACAACAUCAUCAUCAGCAUCCCGCGCGGAAACGAGGAAGGCUACUUCAGCACACGGAAGCUCAACAGCUUCACAGGCGCCGUGUACCUGCACCGGCAGGUGCGGGAGCCACGGGACUUCCUCAUCGACGUGGAGAUGAAGCUGCUGCGUCAAGGAACUUUCACAACUUUCCUGGCCCGCAUCUACGUGUUCAUCACAGCAAACUCCAUGUGAUAUUACUCUUGUCUAACGACGCCUUUGAUUCCGCAUGGUGCUAAACUCUUCAAGCUUUUGCCUUGAAGUUGUUUGUCAUCUGGCAGAUCUUAGAGGCUUCUGUUUGCCUAACGGAUUUUGCUCAGAGAUACUUUGAUGGGACUCUCCCACUGGGAUCCAACCGCUUGUUUUUAGUAGAGAGAGAACAAACAGGAUGGAGUACAGAGACUGACAGAAACAUUUGGCUUUUAAAAGUCGUAGUUUUUUCUUCUUCAAAGUAUUGAAAGUACUCUACACCCGAUGCUAUUUAUACUGUACCAAUUUAUCUCGAUUGCCUGAAACUGCUUUUUAUAGCACUUCAUUACUUUUCUAACAACACUAUGUUUCUCCUCGGGGGUUGGCAUAGUAGAGCUGAGGUAGAGUUACACAUUUGUAAUGGCUGUCACAAUUCCUCCAUAGGCCAUGAUAAUUCACAUGAGUACCUCAGAUCACACCAGCCUGCGGAAGACAACAUUGUGUGAUCAUGUCUGUAAUCAUUGCGUUAACCACUUGCGAUUAAAAAGGUGUAUGAUUGUUAUGUUUCUUUCAAAUGCAUUCGGUUUGUAGCUCUUGGUGCUAAUAUACGUUUUGGAAAUGUUUGACACGCACGUGAAGAGUGUGUGAGCUCCAAAGCAGCACUGAGAACGUUUUCAUUGUUAUACUUCUUUUCAUAUGUCUGUACUUAGUAAUACUGGACCUGUUUUGAUGUAUUACUGUCUUGAAAAUCCAUCUCAGGGUAAAAGCAUAAAAAUCAUCUCGAUAUACUCUCACGCACAGCAUAUCUGAAAUCAUAACACAAUUCUACUCAUUACUGAGAAACAUAUUAUGUAUCAACAUAAAAGCGUUUCAUACUCAUUAAAUUCACGGAAGAACCAAACGCAUUAGUAUAAUAAUGCAGUACAUAUUAUCUGCCUUACUGGAUUCAAUUCUUCAAUAAAGCAUCAUUAAUCGUUU